UUAUGUAUUUAGUAACGCGGGAAGACUCGCGAAUCUUUCGAUCGCUGUGCCAAUUCGACUCACGAUUUUAUUAAUUAUCCGUAAACUUCUUGCCACUCUAUUUUUAUUAAAUCAUUUUUUUCCCACUGUGAUAUAAACAAAAGUCAAAUAAAAAGUUAUAAUUAUAUAAUUACUUCAAAUAUAAAUAAAUACUAUAAUUCAAGAUGAAAUCUAUAUUAUAAUUAUUUGUAAUUAUAAUUAAAUAAAUAUUACAACAAAGUUCGAUGCACAUCACACUUUAUUCGAAAUCCGAUAGUUUAUUUAAAUCUUCAAUAAUGCCGAUUUUUAUUAAUAAUAGUUAGGUCAAUUUUAAACCAAAUUUUCAAUAUUGUGUAUCGCGAUGUAAAAUUCGUGCUUUUGAUUGGGCACAAUUUUAUCUAAAAAGAUUGGACGAAAAUGGAUCAUCCGAUGCACUAUUCUCAAUUGAGAACCGCUACAUAGGGAUGUCAGUAUGAAAGCCUCAUCAAUCGUCGGAGUAGGAAACACAUGUCGUGGGGCUCUCACGAGAACUUUAGUCCUUGUGUUCCUCGCAACCUUCCUUUGGCUUCAAAUUUACGUAAUCAACCUGACAACCCGUGAUUGGCCUAGCCAAACAACCGCCAAUGAAACGCUUUAUUCACUAGUGCCCCAGGAAUUGCACAGAUUUUUAAAAGAAAGGCACAAUGCUUCUGCAACAACAAACGCGACGUCCGGUUGCUUGACAAACCCCGAAAUCAGUGAAAUCCGUCAAAACAUCGAUAGAAUCAACUCGGAGCAGAGGGUCUACAAUGAAGAAGCUUUUGGACCACUUUCUCCGGAUGCACCUGUGAUAGUCGUCCAGGUGCAUACCAGGCUGAUCUACCUGAGGCACCUGAUUGUUUCUCUCGCGCAGGCUAAAGAUAUAGAGCAAACUCUGCUUAUCUUUAGCCACGAUGUUUGGGACCCAGACAUCAACUACCUCGUUCAGAGUGUCGACUUUUGUCGAGUGAUGCAAAUUUUCUAUCCACACAGCAUCCAAACUCAUCCUCACACUUUUCCAGGCGAGGAUCCACAUGACUGUCCGAGAAACAUUCGGAAAGAACAGGCAUUGUUGCUAAAAUGCACAAACGCCCAGCAUCCGGAUCUCUAUGGACACUAUAGAGAAGCCAAAUUCACUCAGACAAAGCAUCACUGGUGGUGGAAAGCCAAUCGCGUUUUCGACCAAUUGACGGUGACCAGGAAUCACACAGGUAUGAUCCUCUUUCUCGAAGAGGAUCACUACGUGGCUGAAGACUUUCUCCACGUCCUGAGACUGAUGGAACGUACCUGCAAACACAGCUGCGAACGGUGCAACGUUCUCACUUUGGGCACAUACCUGAAAACUUAUAAUUACUACUCUGACUUCAGUCGCAAAUACCUCGGCAACACUGCCAUGCAAAAGGAGCUUCUCCGUGGAAUAAAGAAGCGCGAGGCACCAGCCAUACAAGAGGGUAGCAUCAACUUGCCCACAACUUAUCAUAGUACACAACUGGCACAAGCUGCGCCCAUCUGGGCUUAUCACCUUUUGCCCAGUCUCUACAAUCAUUAUCAAAAGGCGGAAGUGACACCGUGGAUUUCUAGCAAGCACAACAUGGGUAUGGCAUUCAAUAGAGUGACAUGGACCAAAUUGAAAAAAUGUGCGAGCCUAUUUUGUUCCUAUGAUGAUUACAAUUGGGACUGGAGUCUUCAGCGAGUGGCUCAAAGUUGUAUUCCUCCAAGCAAGGGCGCCGGCGCUGUUCCCCGCGUUGAUUCUGGAUUAAUUGCCAUGAUGAUGCGCGCGCCCAGAGUCUUUCACAUAGGCGAAUGUGGAGUUCACCACAAGAAAAAUAACUGCGAAUCGACAGCAGUGAUAGCAAAAGUUCGAAAUGUGCUAAAAUCUGCUCGAAAUCAUCUGUACCCAACUCAACUGACUCUAACAGUUGCAGGAAUGGUACCCAAAAAGAAACUCAGGAAAGGAAAUGGAGGCUGGGGUGACCUUCGGGAUCAAGAUCUCUGCUGGAAUAUCACGUUAAACACAGAUUUGGUGCUGCCUUAAAUUUAAAAAGGAUAGAAGAAUUGAUGAUACGUGCAACAAAUUUUGAGCAGGGCUCAAUUUUUGGUUUUUGAAUUUUUCCAAAAUCGAUACUGCGGUUUUAGAAAAUUGAAGGUUUUUUACCACUUAUAAAUAAUUUUUGUUAUAUUGGUUAUUUUAAAAAGAAUUUUAAUCAAUUUAUAGAAACAAUGUGAAUCUCAUUUGAUGAAUUGAACAGAUUUUAGUAAUAGGCAGUGAUGGGAAGUAACUAGUUUCUUUUAACUAAUUACUUUUUUCAGUAAUGAUAGUGGUAACGAAAUUACUUUUGUAAAUAUGUAAUGAACUGUUACAUUUUUUUCGGUGACAGUAACUAUAAAAAUCUUUACUUGUUUAAUUACUUCUUUGCUUUUGCAAAUUUUUUUUUCAUUUUCAGUUUUUAGAUUUGAACAGAGAAAGUAACUCAAAGUCAUUAAAAUACAGGAAGAAUUUAACAAAUCCUACGUUGAAUGAACUAAAAUUCGAGUGAAUUUAGAAAAAUCUAAGGAAAAUGGAAAUAAUUCGAUGAAAUUCACAAAAAUGUUGGUGCAUUUAAAAAAUCAAGUGAAUAAAUUCAAAGUACU